GUUUGGAGGAGGAGUGGGUGAAGGCGAACAAGCAGAAACAUUUUUCUGUCAAACUUUACAGCUGCAGAAGAGAAAAAGUUAGAAAAUGUCCGGCGUGGCAUCCACACUCGCCAAGAAGAGAGCCCUGGCGGCUGGCUUUGGGACGAACUCCAAUGCCGUGAAAUACCUGAACCAGAGCUUCGAGACUUUGAGGAGUGAAUGCCUGAGCCGCGGAGAGCUUUUCUGUGAUCCCGCUUUCCCAGCCGCUCCCGAGGCCCUGGGCUUUAAUGAACUCGGGCCACGGUCGUCAAAAACCAGAGGUGUUGAGUGGAAAAGACCAGGGCAAUUGACUUCCAGUCCGGAGUUCAUAGUCGGAGGAGCUACAAGAACAGAUAUUUGCCAAGGAGCUUUAGGUGAUUGCUGGCUCUUAGCAGCCAUCGCCUCUCUGACCCUUAAUGAAGACGUUUUGGCUCGUGUCGUACCAUCCGAUCAGGGAUUUGGGCAAGACUAUGCUGGAAUUUUCCACUUUCAGUUUUGGCAGUUUGGAGAAUGGGUGGAUGUGGUGGUGGAUGAUCGAUUGCCCACUAGAGAUGGGGAACUGCUCUUUGUUCACUCCGUCACAGGCUCUGAGUUCUGGAGCGCUCUGCUGGAGAAGGCCUAUGCAAAAGUGAAUGGAUGUUAUGAAGCCCUUUCUGGAGGUUCCACCACAGAAGGUUUUGAGGAUUUCACUGGUGGGAUUGCAGAGAUGUACGAGCUGAAAAGUGCACCGACCAACCUGUUUCAGAUCAUCAAGAAGGCCCUGGACUCUGGAGCUCUGUUGGGAUGCUCCAUAGAUAUCACCAGUGCUGCUGAUUCUGAGGCCGUCACUUAUCAGAAGCUUGUAAAGGGACAUGCAUACUCUCUUACUGGAGCUACUGAGGUAAAUUACAGAAGUCGAAAAGAAAAGCUGGUCCGAGUGCGUAAUCCUUGGGGUCAGGUGGAAUGGACUGGGGCUUGGAGUGAUAACUCUUCUGAGUGGAACGCUGUCGAUCCAUCUGAGCGUGAGAAUGUGAAAUCAGAAGAUGGAGAGUUCUGGAUGUCAUUCUCAGAUUUUGUGAGGCAGUAUUCCCGCCUUGAGAUCUGCACUCUGACCCCAGACACGCUGACGUCUGACUCGCUCAAACACUGGAGUGUGUGUAAAUUUGAUGGCACCUGGAGAAAAGGCUCUACGGCUGGUGGUUGCAGGAACCAUCCAUACACGUUCUGGAUGAAUCCUCAGUUUAAGAUCAAGCUGGAGGAGGAAGAUGAUGAUCCGGAUGAUAAUGAAGUGGGCUGCAGUGUGGUGAUCGGCUUGAUUCAGAAGAACCGCCGCAAGAUGAGGAAGGCUGGAGAAGACAUGCACACUAUCGGCUAUGCCAUCUACGAGGUGCCUUCUCAGUUUCAUGGGCAAAAGGAGGUUCAUCUGGAUAAGAACUAUUUCCUGACUCACGCUCAGAAAGCUCGAUCUGAAACCUUUAUCAACCUCAGAGAGGUCAGCACCCGCUUCAAACUUCCUCCUGGAGAAUAUCUCAUCGUCCCUUCUACAUUCGAUCCGCACAAGAACGGGGAUUUUUGUGUGCGUGUGUUCUCCGAGAAACAGUCUGAGAUGCAACAAUGUGAUGACCCUAUAGAAGCAAAUGUAGAUGAUGAAAUGGUGUCUGAAGAAGAGGUUGAUUCUGGCUUUAGGGGCCUGUUUACUAAACUUGCAGGAGAUGACAUGGAGAUCUCUGCUUCUGAGCUGCGAACGAUUUUCAACAAAAUAGUGGCAAAGAGAACCGAUAUCAAGACUGAUGGUUUCAGUCUGGAUACAUGUAGGGUGAUGGUCAACCUCAUGGAUGAAAGUGGAAAUGGAAAACUAGGAUUAACUGAGUUUGCUACACUUUGGAAGAAGAUUCAAAAGUAUUUGGGCAUUUAUAAGAAGAAUGACAUGGAUGGAUCCGGCUGUAUGAGUACACCAGAGAUGCGAAUGGCUUUGAAGGAAGCAGGAUUCUCUCUGAAUGACUGCAUUCACCAGAGUCUGGCUGCACGCUAUGGAGACGCAGACAUGACCAUCGACUUUGACAACUUUGUGUCCUGUGUGAUGCGCCUGGAGAUGAUGUUCAAAGUGUUCAAGAGGAUGGAUAUAGACCACAGCGGGUUCAUUGAGCUGGACUUCUUUCAGUGGCUGUCAUUUGCUAUGAUUUAAAGGCCCAGAGGAUGACUAUAUAUUUUAUUGCGCUAGUUAACUUGCACAGUUUACAAUCAUAUGACUAAAUGCUUUACCAGUAUAAUGGACCACCAGGAAUGUGUAAAUGUGUCCAUUGUAUUUGCUACAGAGAAACAAAUAUAAUUGGCUGUUGUUUUGUUUGUGAUGCACUUUCGGUUUUUUGCCGUGCUUGCAAGGCAUCAUUUUAAUAUUUUUUUGCUG